AAAAAACAAGGUGAGAUAAGAAUCAUGGGUGCAACAUCUUUGGCUGGAAAAGUUACUAGGUUUUUGUCGUGUCGGCGACAAGGUAGUGUUGAGUCUGAAGAAAGUGUUUGUGAUGUUGAGUUUGAUUUUCUUGAUGAUGGUGAAGUUUUCAUGUCGAGUUCUAGCAGUGAUGAUCAAUGUCAUUCACUUGAAAUGGAAUUGGAUGAUGAUGAUGAUGAAGAUGAUGAGAAAGAUCUGAAUGGUAUCAAUGAGAUGAAUCGAAGCUUUUGGGACAGUCAACAUCAAGGAUUGCAGACGAAUGUAUACAGAACAAGUUCUUUGGAGACAAAGAUAAGAAGUGCGACGAAAGAAGUGAUUGAGGAAAUAAGCGCUUCUGGAACAGGAGUGUGUGGUUGCAGCAGAAAGAUGAUGAAUGGUGGAACAAGUUGCUGCAAAAACUGCUUAAUGAGAGAAGUUUGUAGGAGGCUACAGAAAGCUGGUUUCAAUAGUGCUAUUUGUAAAACUAGAUGGAAAACUUCCAAAGAUAUUCCAGCAGGUGAACACACAUUUUUGGAUGUGAUUGACAACACAAACCCAAAGAAAGGAGAAGUAAGAGUGAUGAUAGAGCUGAACUUCCAAGCUGAAUUUGAGAUGGCAAGAGGAAGCAAUGAAUACAAUGAACUAAUCCAAAAGCUACCACAAGUGUUUGUUGGAAAAGUAGAAAGAUUAAGCAACUUAAUCAAAAUCUUAUGCAAUGCAGCCAAAAGAUGCAUGAAGGAUAAGAAAAUGCAUAUGGGACCAUGGAGGAAACAUAGGUACAUGCAAGCUAAAUGGUUAGGUCCAUGUGAAAGGAACACUUCAACAAAACCACUUCCAAUGGGAUAUAGUAACUCCGAGAGGAUUAUGACAAAGCAAAAAUCAAAGGCUUCUAUGUUGACUAUGGAUUUGUUGGACAAGGUUCCAACAUUGCAUUGUGCAGUUGUUGGAGUUGUGUAAUUGGUGAAAUUAAGGAACAUUGGUUUUAUUAGGGUUUUUUUUACCUGGUCGUUUUGAACUUUGAUUAUGGUAAAUUACAUUUUUAUUUUUAGUUUACUUGGUGGAAAGUAAAGGAAUGUGACUCAUAGAUGUCACCCUAGAUAUACUUGUAUGUAAAAAUUGACAUCUUGGUUAUAAGAUAGAAGUGUUCAACAAGUUUCUUUA